AUGACAAUCAACAGAGAAACAACAGUCCCCUUCCACCUCAAACUCUUCUUUCGCCAAAACGCAUACCACGCUCUCACAGAUUUUCCCAUACCUACGCCCACAGGUCCCAACAGCACAAGCCAACUCCCUCCACACCUAGAAAUCUACACAUGGCAAUCAUGCACUCUACGCGAACUCUCGAGUCUCCUAGCCGGCGCAUUACCAUCACAACUCCCCGACCCGCAAGCAGGAACCAGACUCUGUUUCAGACUCAUAUACCCCGAUACCCGCGGAGCAGCGACUGAGGGACGAGGACGAUAUCUUUCCAAGGACAUCGGUAGCGUCAUCCUCGGACGAACAGGCGAACAACAACGAAACGCCCACGACGAUCAACGAACAAACGGCGCAAGACGACGAUUCAUGGAAAAGGAUAGUUUCGAUCAAGAUGAUGCAGAUAAGACGCUGGCCGAUGCCCGGUUCGUGGUUGGCGAUUAUGUGGAUGUUGCGAUUUUACCGCCGCUGGAUGACGGGAGUGUUGCGCCGCCGAUCCAGGGUGGACGAGGACCGCCGGGGGGACCGAUUGGUAGUGGGAUGAGAGCGUUUAGGCCGCCGCGUGAGAAUGGAGGUGCUAGACGCGGUCCUGGAGGAGGCGGGAUGGGUCGAGGACAGCCAGGGAAUGGGUUGCCGAGUGGGGAUUGGAAGAGAGGUGAGAGAUUACCGGAAGAACGUGGUGGAUGGGGGAGACGCAGGGCUUCUGUUCUGGACGUGGCGUUGUAA